GGCUGUGGAGGGGAAGGUGGCGGUUCCCCCUGAGGAGGGUGUUUCUCUUUAAAGCUGACGCUCCCCGUCCCCCUCCCCGCAGGGAAGGCUGAGGGCGCUGCCGGCGCUGAAGUCCGUGUUGGGGUCCCCGCCCCGGAGCCUCUCUCAGCCGUCCUUCUGACUGUGAGUGUGAAGUGAGCUGAUUAACAGGCUGUGACUCCUCAACAUAGUGUCACCUGAGGAAACAUCACAGACCCCGACCAGGACCCAAUGGCUGCUUCUCAGGAUUUGUGGACAUAUGUCAUCCUCAUUUGUCAGUGUUUGAAAUCAUAUCAAGGAAAGUUACUGGCCAAAGUGAUCUUAUGGGGACCUUUGACCUUCAGGGAUGUGGCCAUACAUUUCUCUCAGGAGGAGUGGGAAUGCCUGGACCCAGCUCAGCGGAAAUUGUACCUGGAGGUGAUGGUGGAGAACUGCAGCAACCUGGCCUCCCUGGGUAUGUCAUCAGAAGAUGAUCAGGCCUUUAUUCCAAAGCCUGGAAUGCAAGAUUUAUUCUCUGAAAUAAUACUGAGUACAGAUAAUGGAGAGAGCAGUUAUCAAUGGAUUGAAUAUUGGAAAAAUUUUAAGCAAGAGUCAUAUCUUAAUCAUCAGUGGAGAAGGGCGCUUGCAGAGGACCAUUAUAAAAGUGGAAAAGUCAUUGACCAAAUGUCCAAUCCCAAUACACAUCAGGUUAUUCUUAUUGUGGGGAAGACACACAUAGGAAGUAAAUGUGUCCAGUCUUUUCAGCAGUAUUCAGAUUACACUGAAGAAGAGAAUAUUCGUACCAUGGAGGAGGCUGACAACUGGAAUCCUUGUGGUAGAGUGUCUAGUCAAAUAUUCAAUUUAAAUAAAAUGGAAAAAAUCCGUAAUAAAGAAAAACCUUAUAAAUGUAAAGAUUCUGGUAAAAUAUCUAAUUGGUCUUCAGGUGUAUCAAAUCAGAAAAUUCAUAAUGGAGAGAAGCCUUAUAAAUGUGGAGAAUGUGGCAGAGCCUAUAGAUGGUCCUCACACCUUACUAGGCAUCAGAGACUUCAUACUGGAGAGAGGUCUUAUAAAUGUGUAGAAUGUGACGAAGUCUUUAGAUGGUCCUCAGAACUUACUCUGCAUAAGAGAGUUCAUACUGGAGAGAAGCCUUAUAAAUGUAGAGAAUGGGGCAAAGCCUCUACAAGAUCCUCACACCUUACUAUGCAUCAGAGAGUUCGUACUGGAGAGAAGCCAUUUAAAUGUGGAGAAUGUGGCAAAGCCUAUAGAUGGCCCUCACAGCUUACUACGCAUCAGAGAGUUCAUACUGGGAAGAAGCCCUAUAAAUGUGGAGAAUGUGGCAAAGUCUUUAGAAGGUCCUCAGAUCUUACUCUGCAUAAGAGAGUUCAUACUGGAGAGAAGCCUUAUAAAUGUAGAGAAUGUGGCAAAGCCUUUACAAGGUCUUCACACCUUACUAGGCAUCAGAGAGUUCAUACUGGAGAGGAGCCUCAAAAAUGUGGAGAAUGUGGCAAAGCCUAUAGAUCGUACGCACACAUCACUACGCAUCAGAGAGUUCAUACUGGUGAGAAGCCUUAUAAGUGUGGAGAAUGUGGCAAAGCCUAUAGAUGGUACUCACACCUCACUACACAUCAGAGAGUUCAUACGGGAGAGAAGCCUUUUAAAUGUGGAGAAUGUGGCAAAGUCUUUAGAAGGUCCUCAGAACUUUCUGCACAUAAGAGAGUUCAUACUGGAGAGAAGCCUUAUAAAUGCAGAGAAUGUGGCAAAGCCUUUACAACGUCCUCACACCGUAGUAGGCAUCUAAGAGUUCAUACUGGAGAGAAGCCUUAUAAAUGUAGAGAAUGUGGCAAAGCCUUUAGAAUACCCUCAGAACUUACUACGCAUCAGAAAGUUCAUACUGGACAGAAGCUUUAUAAAUGUGGAGAAUAUGGCAAAGUCUAGAUGCUCCUCAGAACUUAGUCCGCAUAACAGAGUUCAUACUGUAGAGAAGCCGAGGAUAUGAAAAAGGGCCAACUAGAAAUUAAGCAUACACUGACUGAAAUAAAGAAUAAUAUACAGAGAUCCAACAGCAGACAAGAGG